AUGUGCCACGAAGGUAAAACGCAACAGAUGGACUUCGGGUUCUCUAGAUCUGACGAGAUUGAGGAAAUAAAAGAUCUGAGCGAACUCGUUUGCGAAAAUAACGGAGCGGUUGAAAUUGUCAAGGCGGGAAAUCUCACAGCACUCGUCCAACACUUGACUCGCCAUGACAGGCUUGACGCGUCUUUCAAUCGGAUAUUUCUCACCACAUACGAAUAUUUCACAUCAACUCCAGAGCUGAUCGAUCUCCUUGUCCAACGGUUUGCCUGCCCACCACCUAUCGCUCUUGACUCAACUCAAGCAACAGAAUGGUCAAACCAGACAAAGCCUUUGGUUCAAGUGCGCGUGAUCAAUAUUCUAAGACAAUGGCUUGAACAUUUUUGGCCUGGACCAGACGGACAUGAUGAUUCUAAUUUACUGAAGCUACAGUCUUUUGCGAGAAGUGCUGUCAAGGAGACAACUGCGGCGCAACAACUGCAUGAGCUUGUUCAACGUCGACUUGCGGGCCUGGAACUGAAAAGAUCUCAUCCAUCCACUCCAAAACCCCCGAAACCGAUUCUCCCCCGAAAGCUGAAAAAAUUUGAGUUCAUCAAACUUGACGCUAAAGAGAUCGCUCGUCAAUUAACAAUCAUGGAAGCGUGCAUGUUCAGCAAACUGCAGACGUGCGAAUUGUUACAUAAAACCUGGCAAAAGAAAGAAAACAUUGAUACUUUUCAUCCAGCGCACAAUUCCAAAGCGUUGAUUCGAUACUUCAAUCAGCUUUCGAAUUGGGUUGGCGCCCUUAUAAUUGCAGAAUCGGAACUGAAAAAGCGAACGCAAUGUAUAGGACAUCUGGUCAAUGUGGCCACCGAAUGCUAUAAUCUGCAAAAUUAUUCUGCCGUGAUAUCUAUUUUAUCGGGACUAGAAAGCGCCCCAGUUUACCGACUUGCUCGGACAUGGGCAAUGGUUACCCAGCGAAGCUGCGAUGCACUAAGACCCUUACAAUCCAUGGUCUCAAGUGCACAAAAUUAUAAUGCCUAUCGUGAAAAGAUCCGAAUGGCAAUCCCACCUUGUAUCCCGUUCCUUGGCCUUUUCUUGAAAGACCUGACCUUCAUUGAAGAUGGAAACCCAUCCAUUACGCCAGAAGGCCUCAUCAAUUUCCACAAAUGUUCCAUGCUAGCUUCAAGUGUUCAUGAUAUUCGGCGAUUCCAACAAACAUCCUAUUGUCUACAAAUUGUUCCAGAGAUCCAGGAGUACCUUGUUACUCAAUUACAAUCCGCCCCUGAUGUACAUGAUAUGUAUGAAAGAAGCUGCAUGCUGGAGCCUCGGGGUCGUGGCGAACACAGGCACAGGGAUUCUUAUACCCCCACCGGGGGUAUGACAACCUCCAUGGUGAUAGCUUGUAUGAUUUUAGAUGAUUAA